AUGGCCUUUGUAUUUUUGGAAAUUGAAUGUGAUUGUAGAUUUGUAUGGUUAGUUAAUAAUUCAGAAAAUAUUAAUUUGGUAUGGAUUUUCAUAAAUCAGUUAACUUUUAUAGAAACUGGAUCAAUGUUUAUAACCAUGUUUAUAAUUAUCCCUUAUAACCAAAAUUUUAUUUUUCGUCACGUAUAUUACAUUCAAAUCUUAACAAAAUUCGAAAAAAUCAUUUAUUUUCAUAACAAUAAACUUAAGUUACUACAAUCAAUAAUGUCUAAUUUAGCUGAACCUAUCAAUAUUAGUUCUGAAUUAGAGGAGGAAGAACGAAGUCCUUUGUUAUCACAAGAGUUAGUUAAUAAUGAAGAAAAAUUGGAGAAUACUUUGGCUUUAAUUAGUUCUGUAUAUCACAUUACAGAUAUUCGUCAUUCCUUAUUUCCCAUUGAAUAUCCUGAUACUUCAGAUGAUGGAAUUGCAUAUGUUUUUCAUGUUGAAAAUUGGACUGACAAAAAGGCUGUAUUUAAUAAUAUCCAAUAUAGUCUUGGUAAACCUGGUGGUGCACACUCUAAUAUUUUUUGUCCAUUUUUAGGAGUGCAAUGUAAAGAUGAUAAAAAAUCAUGUCAAGGCAUGAAGAUUUGUAAAAUUGCUACACCUGAAUUUAAAGAUGAUGAUAAAAAUUGUUUUACUCUUAUUCCUAGUGCAUCACAAAAACAAAAAUGUCAAUCAUGCCCUUAUAUAGUUAUGGUUGUAAAAAAUACUCAUUCACAUCCACCUCCACCACCUCAUCGAACACCAAAUCACUUACAGCAAGAUUUGAAAAGUUUAAUUGAAAACUCUAAUGAUCUUUUAAUUGAUUCUACUUCACGAAGGUUAAUUUCUGGUCCAUUGAUAAAAGCAGUUUUUGGUGAGACUGUUUUAGCAGAUGUUCAUGCCUCAAUGAAUAAUAUUGAUAAGCUUUGUAAUAUUAUAAUGAGAGAACAGAAAUUAUUACAUCCAUAUGGACAAGCAUUUAUGGAUGAUGGACAUAUCAUGAUAUUAUGUAUGUUUAAAUUACAAGCUGAACAUAUGUCAAAAUUUAAAUAUUUUAUGGUGGAUAUAUCCUAUAAGCGUGUAUUUGGAGAAAUUAAUGAACUUGAAUUUAAUGCUUAUGACGAAAAUAAUAAUAGUGCUUUCUUUGAAGUUUAUGAAUAUUUAACAGGAGAAAAGCCAACUUUUUAUUAUUUUAAUUCAGAAAACUCUGAAAAAAAAGGAUGGGCUGCUAUUAUUGUUGAUUUGGAUAAAGGUCAAGCUAAAGGAUUAUCUUUAGCUUUAAAUUCCUUAUAUAAUUCUUUAAGCCCAGAACAGCAUUUACUAUCUGUUUUAAAAUCGUGUUUAAUUCAUUUUGAAAGAAAUGUAAGAAAUUCCAAAUAUUCAGAUGAAAGUAAAUUUUUAAUGCGCCAGCUUCCCAAAGCCAAGACAAAAGAUGAAGUAGAUUUUCUAUUUGAUCAGUUACGAUUAAUUGAUGAUGAAAACAUAAAUGAUUGGAUUACUGAAUAUCAAACGCCAUGGAUAUUGGCAUCAUUGAAUUGUAAUUAUUCGUCAAUGGAUUAUGAUGUGUGGAUGACCACUCCAUUUGAUACAAACGUAUCUGAAUAUUCUCAUGCAAACAUAAAUAGAGAAGGAACGCGACUAAGAUUAAAGACUGCUAUUUUUCACUCGUGGAAUUAUGAUUUAGGUUUAUAUAGAAGAUUUUAUAAUAAUUACCAGUACAAUGUACCAAUGUCAAGCAAAAACAAAAGUGGUGUUAAAAGAAAGAUAGAUGCUAACAAAAGAAAAGAAAAACAAAAAACUACUUUGCUUCUAAAGUCACAGAAUAAAUGGCAAAAAGGUAAUGUUAAGGGUGUUAAAAAUGAUGAAUUUCAACAACAAAUUCAAGAGUUAGAAAUUGAAGAACGUAAGGAAGAAUUAGAAAGAAAAAAAUUGGAUAACCAAUUAAAAAAAUUAGAAAUAGCACGAAAAGAGAAAGAAUUAAGGGAAGGGCAAUGA